AUGGUUACUGAUGCAGGAGGAGCUGGAUUCAAAUCCAAAAUACAAUAUGAAUAUGGAUUAUUUACACUAAGGAUAAAGAUGCCAGCUAAGAAGACCAAUGGAGUCAUCACAGCUUUCUACUUAAUUUCAGAUGAUCAAGAUGCAGGGGUUAAUCAUGAUGAAAUAGACUUUGAAUUUAUAGGGACUGAAGGAAGAUUACAGACAAAUAUAUUUGCUAAUGAUAGGGGUGGUAGAGAACAAGUUUUUCAACUUUCUUUUGAUCCUUCUGAGGAUUUUCAUACUUAUCAAAUUCUUUAUACUCCACAAAGAAUAGUGUUUUUUGUGGAUAACAUACCUAUAAGGUCAUUCAAGAACAACACAAAGAGAGGUAUCAACUUUCCAACAAAAUCACUAUGGGCAGAAGCAAGCCUAUGGAUUUCAGAUAGUGUGGUUUGGGCUGGAGCUGUUGAUUGGGGCUAUGCACCAUUUAUAGUUAGUUUUCAAGACUUCAACAUUUCUGGCUGCCCUGCUGGUAGUAAUUGCUUGCCAUCCCCAGAUUUUAGCCCCUGGACUAGGCCCAAAUUAGGCCCAAAACAGUUGAAGCUUAUGAUGAAUUUCAGAAAAAAACAUAUGACUUUUGAUUAUUGUAGGUCUACGGGAAAUAAACAUAGGUACGCAGAGUGUGCUUAG